UGCGAUCAAGGUGACGGAGUAGAAUUAACUUUAGGAAAUAGUUGGAAUUUUGAUCGAAGAUAAGGUGCACGAAAAAGAAGAACAAACUUAAUGGAGACCGAAAGAAAAUAUUUAGCAAAAGCUUUUUUGGAUUUACCGCAACCAAAACAUCAAGUCCAGUGCCAAUAUGUAUGGAUCGAUGGCACCUUGAAGAAUUUGCGAUGUAAAUCAAUAACAUUGGGCACAAUUCCUCGAAACCCAAAAGAGCUUCCUAUAAUGGAAUUUUGUGGAUCAGGAACAGACUAUGAAGCUGGAAAUAUAGCAGACAUUUAUGCAAAGCCCGUUAAGAUACAUAAAGAUCCUUUCAGAGGUGGAGAUAACAGAAUUAUUUUUUGUGAAACAUACACGCGAGAAGGCUUACCAACUUUCGCAAAUAAUCGUCACAGACUUUAUACUACUGAAGAGAAAAUUCAGCGUUCAUGGAAAAGAAGUGUUUGCCAAUCAUAUUCUCUACUCAGGAGUGACGGGAAACCUUUAUCGUACAUGAAUGCAGCUUAUGAACCCACUUCAAAGAGCGGAUUCCGCUGUGGCUGGGAAAUUGCUGAAGCCCAUUACAGAGCUUGUUUGUACGCUGGAGUUCAUAUAAGCAGCAUGGAGCCCAUCAGAAAUACAGGACAGUGGAAAUAUACAGUUGGUUCAUGCUCGCCUGUUGCACUUGGGGACGACGUCUGGAUGAGUAGAUUCAUUUUGAUCAGGGUAGCCGAAGAUUUUGGCGUUACAGUGAGCUUCGAUACCGCUCCGUCCUCGAUCCUCUUCGAGCCCAUUCACAUAGAGGUGAUAUUCAAUACAGAAGAAAUCGGCCAGCAAGAUAGAAAAAAAUUAAUAGAUGGAUUGUUUGCCAAAUUUGUAACAAAGGAGCAAUCGUUGAAAGUGGUAACUCUACCCAAUCGAGUUCUACUCGAUCAUAUUAAUGCAGAUGCUGACCCAUACUCAAUUAUAAACAAAACAAUGGACUGCUGA